AUGACAGAUAUCGUCAAGACUGGUGUGGGAUCACCGUAUCCGUUGGAAAGUCUCCCCGAAAGGAUAUUACUCACAGAGCUCAAAAAGCACAUCGCGUUACGUCUCCCUCACACUCUCGUGUCUCUUCUCCUCUGUGUAACAUCAAGAGGUUUCAGCCGCCUGUCUCCUGAAUCCAUCAGAAGGACCAACGAUGUUUCCGCCAACGAAGCGAUCAGCCUGCUGCUGCUGCUUUUUGUUGUGACAGCUGUUCCGUCUCUCUCUGGUGUGCCAGUGACAGCCGAAGAUAGCCUGGACUACUGCCAGAGGUCCGUCCAGAACUGCCGGCUGAGAACAGACUGGAAGGAUGUGGAGGGAGAGAGAUUUGUCAACUUGAACGUCUCCUGUUUCUGCGAGAGCGACGAACCUGAGGACGUCUGGGAAGCCCUGGAGGAAGUGAGCCACCAGAAGUGUACAGACGUUCCCAUGAACGACGACUUCAAAGUGAACCAUUCUUCCAUUCACAUUACCGGAUGCAACAUCACCAAAGAGGUUUUCCCCGUAUCGGUUAUGGACCUGGCCCGUCGGACGGACCACCUGGAGUUUGUCCUUAACCAGUGUCCGUAUGUCCGCUUUGGACACCUUACCAAGGCGCAAAGAAGAGUGCCACAACUCACCGUCAGUUUCAAGGACAGCAAGUUGAGCGGAUUACCUCGAGGAUGGCUUUUGGAGGCCGACAAGAUGAACGUCAAGAUCGAGAGAUGUGAUAUACCGAUAGUGGAAUCGAAGGCGGCAUCUGGAUUUACCAAGAAUGAUGACGUCAGCAUUGAUAUCCUGAACUCUAACAUCUCCACUGUCAAGCAGCUGGCGUUCGAACUCCCACCCUCUGGACGCCUGGUCAUCAAAGACAGCCGUGUGACCACCUGGAGCAAGUUGGGAUUCAAGGGCGGCUCCGAGGUUACUCUCAGCGGAGUGAAGUUCGGCAGGAUCCUCGUCGACAGCUUCAACCUCCACGGAGUGAAGACUUUCAACAUGACGGAGUGCAACGUGGCGGAGCUGUCGGCCGAGGCUGUUACUGACACCGAUAAAUACUCCACUGGCUCCCCUGUGGAAGUGGGACCGCGAGAAGCCUCCAUCAAGCAUAACAUAUUCCUCGGAGCCAACGGCGAGGCUUUUGUCAAUCUUUGUAAGAUCGACUCUAUUUCUUGGCAGAACAACACCUUCCUGAACCUCACGGACGCACCUCCUAGACUGCAGUCUGACAUGUGCGAAACGAAGAGGAACUGGAAGGAAACUGUCGUUGUCACUGGAAUGAACUGCAUGGCAUGUGAAGAUUUUGCCGUAACGGAUGAACAGAGUUGCGCCUUCUACCGGAGCGGCUUCUGCACGUCUUGUGUCAAGCUAGGAGACGACUGCACCAAACCCCUGAUGCCUUACGUGGUCGAAAACUGCAAGAGUUCCCACCCUGAGAUAGUCAACGCUCUGACUAAAGUCUGUGAGUACGACCCAGACGCCCCUGUGCCAUCAGCUCGCUCUCUGCGUGGGAACGGAGAUCACAACGAGGCUCAUGUGCCAGACGCAUCGUCGCUUCUUGUGGUGGUCGCAUUGUACGCUGCAUACUUUAGCUCAUAGGUUAGGUAUUGUGACUUGACCCUUGAUAAAACUUGGUUUUUGAACAUUCCUUCCCUGGCGUUAACAAGAGAGAAUACAGACUACAAUUAUGUACCCAUGCUCUCCUGUACAACGGCUGCAAUCCACCAAAACUUUCUAACAUCCAGGUACAUAAUUCAGUACUUAGGUCAACAAGGACGCAAAAUGUGUUAAAAGACACGUCCAAUGUCUGAGAGAAAGUGUCAAACAUUACCUACUGAAUAACUGGGAUUUUCCGUUUUCUGCACAUCAGCCUUAAAUCUGAAUUGUUGUAACUCUUAGUUUGUUCCUGUCUUGUGAAGUCUUAUUUAUUAUAUAUGUCGUUUUUGUGUGUUGUUUUAGGAUAGAUCUGUGAAUUUUUUCUUGUGUAACGAUUUAGUGAGAGCUUACUUUCCUGUAAGUAAUGUAAUUAUGAUCUAUUGUGUUUUUAUAAUAAAAUACCUUAGAAUGAAA